AUGGCAACAUCCGCUGUUUCAGCUAAAAUUUUAAGCCAUCCAGAAGCCUCAUUAUAUGUUGGUGAUCUUCAUUCCAAUGUUACCGCAACAAUGCUAUUGCAAAAAUUUUCAACUAUCGGGCCAAUUCUUUCCAUUCGAGUCUGUCGUGAUAUGAUCACACGACGAUCACUUAACUAUGCUUAUGUCAAUUUUGAAGAGCCAAUUCAUGCUAAACGUGCACUUGAUACAAUGAACUUUGAUUUACUGUAUGGUCGCCCAUUACGCAUCAUGUGGUCUCAACGUGCUCCAGAUCUACGUAAAACAGGUGUGGGAAAUGUAUUUAUUAAACAUUUGGAUAAAAGAAUUGAUAGUAAAUUACUUUAUUAUGCUUUUUCGACUUUCGGUAAUAUCUUAUCGUGUAAAAUCAUGAGAAAUGAAAGUGGUGAAUCGUGUGGCUUUGGUUUCAUUCAUUUCGAAACACAAGAAGCAGCAGAUAUGGCUAUUAAUAAAAUGAAUGGUACGUUCUUAGUUUAUAAAAAAAUAUAUGUUGCUCGUUUCCAGUCAUGUGAUUCACGUCCUGAUAGCCCGUGCAAAUUCACCAAUGUAUUCAUAAAAAAUUUCGGGGAUGAAUUAGAUGAAACACAAUUACAUGAACUUUUUUCAAAACAAGGAGAAAUCAGAAGUUUUAAAGUUGAACGUGACGAACAUGGAAAUUCAAAAGGUUUUGGUUUUUGCUGUUUUGAAACAGCAGAAGAAGCUGAGCAAGCUGUUAAAACUUUAAACGGAUAUUCAAUUGGUAAUAAGCAACUUUAUGUUGGUCGUUUUGAAAAGAAGCAUCAACGCUUAUCUGAAAUUAAACGUAAAAAAGAGUUAAAAAAACAAGAAAGUACGAAUAAAUAUCAAGGUGUUAUGACUAGCAAUGGUGAAUCAAAAGGUUUUGGUUUUGUAUGCUUUAGUACACCAGAUGAAGCAGUAAAAGCUAUAGAAGAAAUGAACGGUUCCACUUUGGGUUCCAAAACACUUUAUGUUGGAUUAGCAGAACGAAAACAAGAACGUCGUAUGCGUUUAAUUAAGGAGCAUAAGCAACAGUUACAAACAUCAAAUAUAUCAUCCCAAGUGGGUCUGUUGGUUAGACCACAAACUAAUCCAAAACUACAACAAGAAAUAACUGAUAUUCGAAGCACAAAACAUAUGGCACAUGUUAAUUCAGUUGAAUGUCCAAAUUCAAUUGUAGUUGUUGGACAAGAACGAUUAGCACCAACUGUUAUUAAUAAUGCAACACUACAAGAGCAAAAACAAACAUUAGAUGAACAUUCAUUUCCUUUGACACCACAAAUGCAAGAAGAAUUAUCUGGCAAAAUAACUGCUAUACUUCUCGAAGUUGAUAAAACAAAACUUCAUGUUCAGAAAUCACCUGAUUUGCUUAAAGCUAAGAUUGAAAAAGCUAUUGCUGUACUUCAAGCUUAUGAAGCCAAGCAAGCUAAUGCAGCUAAACCAGCAACAACUGAACCAACUGACUCAUAA